AUGGGAGGCGCCUGUACUAAAAGUAAUGACUAACAAGUUGGAAAUCCUGUAAGUCAGUAAGAUUAGUUAGUAAACCAUGAAUUUGCUCCAAUUUUAAAUGUAAAUCACCCGUUUAAUGUGAAUAAAAAAUAUGAGUCCGUCUCUGAAAUAAUUAGAGACUAAUAUACAGGUACUGGCAUUAAAAAAACUCAUGCAUAUAGAACAACUCUUACAAAAUAAGAGCUUGAGAAAAAAAGAUAGGAAUUCUGGGAUACUAGAACUGAAGGACAUCUAGAAAGUUGGUUGGCAUUAAAGUAAGCAUGCACUGUUGAAGAAUCUGAAGCGUUAGCAAUUGUAGCAGCAGCAGGUUUGAAAUUAGUUAACAGGUCAUUAUAAAUUACAUAUGACACAGAUGGCCAUAAGUAUGAUGUACCAAUAUUUUGCAUAAGCGAACCGAUUGCUUAUGCAGCUGUUUCCAAAUAUGAAAAAUUUUUAAUUUAAGACUUUGAAAAUAAAACUAUUGAGUAUAAGCUUAGAGUAGUAGGUAUUGAAUAAAAUAUAAACAUGAGUUCAGACAAUAAUACAAAGAUAGAAGAUCUGAAGGAAUAAAUGUAGGCAUAGAUUUAAAAAAAAUGGAAAAAAUUUAGAUUAUUUUUAGCAGGAAGAGAAAUGCUUAACCAUCAUAAAUUAGGAAACUAUAAGUUAGACAAAGAGACAAUUAUUCAGGCAUUUGUAUCAGAUGUUGAAUGA